AUGCGGAAUAGACAAGUUCGGUUGCAAAAGGCACAGCGGAAAGUUUACUUAAGCGAUAGUGGUGAGGUGCGGCUUUUUCCGCGUUCUCGUUUGUCCUUGAGGCUGGUUCCGCCUAUGUUUUCGAACCCAGCGCAACUGCAUCAUCAGCUGUGUGGCUGCAGUACUGGUGACCAACGCCUGUGUAAGAACAGUAACGUUAGUCAUGUAGUCAGACUACUGCAUGCUUCGGUUUGUACAGACGCAGCGUUGGUGGAAACAAAAAAAAACUCCAUUCGAGGAGUCGCAGGUGGUGGUGGCAAACAAACCAUGGUUCAGGUUCAAAUAAAAGAAUAG